AUGGCAAAAGCGUACACACAGGCUGAGUUUGACAGUCUAAUAGAGAAAGUGGAGAAGGUAUAUAUUAGGGUGAAGGAAUACUUGGAGUUAGCUAGAUACGAAAAGUGGGCUAGGUUAUAUGCACCUAUCAACAGGGGAUGGACAAUGACGUCAAAUAUUGUUGAGUCAAUCAAUGCCGCACUUGUGUCAGCAAGGGAAUUACCAAUAUACGACCUCCUCGAAGAAGUUAGGAAAAUGUUUGGACGUUGCAAUUGCAGCAAUCGAAAAGAAGCUCUACAGAUAUACACAACGCUUGAGAAAAAAUACAAGGAGAUGCUUACCUUGAAUGAGUCAAUGUCUACACGAAUGACUGUGGUGCCAUCGACUGAAUAUUUGCAUACGGUGAACGAUGAAAGAAGGUAUUACACAGUAUGCCUUUUAGAGAAAAAAUACAGUUGUGGACGGUUCCAAGUUGACGAAUUACCGUGCCCACACACUUGGGUUGUCCUGAAGAGCAAGUUUCUAAUGCCAGAAGAUUAUUGCUCUGAUUAUUACAAGCCAAAGUCUGUUGUAAUGACAUAUGUGGUGCCCGUGUAUCUUUUGCCGGACCGGAAAGAAUGA